GACCCGAGCAACCCAAAAACAACAGAAGGUGACGAACAGCAAAAGACAGACAAAGACAAAACAAUAGCACAAAAGCCAGAGGACGUCCAUUUCUCAAAAGUAUUUGAACUGUGUGGCGGACAAAUCAGAAUUCCUACCGCAGCAGAAUUUACAGAUUCCAAAAAUACAUACAUAGCCAGGUGUACUGUCGUAGAUGGUCAGCCCUUAAAUAUUGAGGAUUUGUCAAAAGACAGUAGAUUUGGCUCCGGGCCAGCAACCUCUACAGAUGAUCAAAAUUUUACAACGAAAAGCGUUCUCUGUAUGCCCAUUCACAACAGCGACCACACAAUUAUCGGAGUCACACAGCUCAUCAACAAAGUCAACGGGCAACCUUUUGAUGACAGUGACGAGCAUCUUCUAGAGGCAUUUUCAAUAUUCACUGGUUUAGGCAUCCACAAUUGUCAGAUGUACGAGAAUGCAUGUCAGUUAAUGGCCAAACAAAGCGUUGCGUUAGAGGUGCUGUCAUAUCAUGCCACAGCUAGCAAGGAAGAAGUAGAAAGAGUCAUGGUGGACCAAAUUAUUCCCACAGUCACUGAAUACCAGCUGGACACAUACGAAUUUGAUGAUAUGACCAUGUCCGACGAUGAGACCAUAAGAGCAACCAUCCGAAUGUUUAUAGAUGCAAAUCUGAUCAACACGUUUAAGAUUCCGUGUGAGACUAUAUGUCGUUGGGUGUGUACUGUCAAAAAGAACUAUCGACCUGUCACCUAUCAUAACUGGAGACACGCAUUUAAUGUUUGUCAGACUAUGUUUACCAUGCUGUAUACUGGAGAACUCAGACCAAAGUUUGAUGCUGUAGAGAUAUUUGCCUUGAUGACUGCUUGUUUGUGUCAUGAUUUGGAUCACAGAGGCACCAACAAUGCCUUUCAAGUCAAGGUCGCCUCCCCUUUGGCUAUGUUGUACAGCACCUCUGUUUUGGAGCACCAUCAUUUUGAUCAUUGUAUUAUGAUCAUAAAUAGUGAGGGAAACAAUAUAUUCCAAUCCUUCACUCCGGAAGAGUACAGAAGAGCAAUCAAAAUUCUUGAACACGCCAUAUUGUCAACAGAUCUGGCCUUAUACUUCAAAAAAAGAGGUGAAUUCAAAUCUUUAGUGGAAAAUGGAGAGAGAGAUUUCCAAGAUGAAAGUAAAAAAGAUUUACUCAGAGCAAUGAUGAUGACGGCAUGUGAUGUUGCAGCCAUUACUAAGCCAUGGAAAAUCCAAAAGGAGAUUGCCCAGCUCGUAACUGCAGAGUUUUUCGAACAGGGAGAUAUUGAGAAGACACAACUGGGUGAAAAACCAAUACCUAUGAUGGACAGAGAAAAGAAAGAUGAGUUGCCGAAGAUGCAAGUGGAUUUUAUUGAUUUCAUAUGUACCCCAGUGUAUGAGCUGUUUGCAAAGAUUUCUGAUCCACUGAAGAACUUGAGAGAUGGCUGUCUGAGUAAUAGACAGCACUGGCAGGAGCUAGCAGAGCAGAGAAUGCAAAAUCUUCCAUCUGAAAAUGAGAAGGCAACCGAGGCAGGAGAAAAAGACCAAGAGUUACCAGAUGAGCACAAAUCUGAUGAACAAGACACAGAUAAAACAAAGGAAGACAAUGGAAGCCAAGCCAUCGACACAUCACUGAAAACUGACACAAAACCAUUAGAAAGUCAAACAGACUGUAGUAGUAACAUUUCAUCUAAUCAUAAAUGUAACGAAGAAGAAAGCUACAAGGCAGAGCUGUCCAAUUCUAAUGUAAAUAAUGUAAAUGUGCAGCAAAAAUCAUUCAAUCCUACAUUUCUAUCUGAGAUGGAUAACGGAGAAAAGCGGCCAGUUUUCAAAAGCUGUCAGCCCAAGGCACCAAGCAAAACAUCCAAAAGUCAUUUCUGCCUAAUUAGCUGA